AUGGAUAGUCACACUUGGCGGCCGCUGUCGGCGCUGAAGCAGGUGUUGACCUUUGCGGGCGACGUUGGCUGUCAGACUUCAGCAGUAACACCCAACCACUGGCCUAGGCUGCCUCAAGUGAUUGCAGUCAAGGUCUGCCCACUCACGAUAGCAAUAGUCUUCUUCAACAUCACGCUGAGGGUCUUCGAAGCAUUCGCCCUCAUCUCCCGCCGCCUGGAGACCGUUUCCAGUCUCGUUGAGAGGCGCCAGGCCGAGCUUGCGCUGGGCCAAACUUUCCGGGGGGUCUCCGAGUCAGUAUUCGGGAAGACGGCCACGCUGCUCCCCAAAAUAGCCCCCGCCGGCAGCGGCUGA